AUGGACCACAUGCAAAGAACGUUCGAUAUCGUUGAAGACAAGCUGGACCCUCUUGGGAAUGCUGGAGUGACUGAGAAGAAAUGUGACAAAUGUGGUUGUGGCGACAAAUGCACUUGUUUGAAUUGUGAUUGUAAGAAAGGCAGCAAAAAAUGUUGUGACCCGAAACGAGAUGAGGAGCCUGUUGAUAAAAGAUUGAUGCUACCACCUAUCAAAAAAAACACAAGAUGUGCUCACUGCCCCCUUCUCUCUCUCUCUCUAUUUUCUAUCUCUCUCUCUCUCUCUCUCUCUCUCUCUCUCUCUCUCUCUCUCUCUCUCUCUCUCUCUCUCUCUGUUGACAACUAUUUCGAGACAUGUGAGGAAACCCAAUGGCUAAAAGAAGACUCCAGAGCCUCCGGGCGUUUUUUGAUGUGUUACUUGCUACGACAUUUUGUUUAUGGUCCUGGUGUCGGUAUAAAAGACACCGAUCGGUGUUCAGAAUCUUCUCUCUUCUCUGUGUUUUUUUUUCACUAUGUCAAACUUGUUCCAAAAUUCCCAAAAAGAAUGAUGAGCAAAAUGCAAGAGGAUCUUGUCCAUAUGGGCCCGAAAAUCGAUCCAAUUGCCAAUGCGAGUGCAAGUACCACUGAACGAUUGGAGAACCAAAGUCAUCAAGUCGCCAGAGCAUUCAAUGAUAAAUUUUCACAUAACGGAGAGCCGGGUCUUCAUCGUACCGAAGGAUUUUACUGUAAAAAUGUCAAAUGUGGAGAUGGAAAAUGCGGUGAUAAGGAACCGGAAAGAGAGCAGAGAAGAGAUUCGGAUGUGAAUAAUAAGGAGAUAUUCAGCCUUGUUGAUGCUCAUUUUAAAGCUGGCAACAAGACAAAUUAUAACAGGAAUCGAGAUAAAUCGGCUCAAAGUUUUUCAGAUGAUUUAAUUCUUACCUUUUAA